AUGUUCGAAUUUGGCGCCGUGCUCUUCUUAGCCUCGAUCUUCCCGGGGACACUACUGUAUGCUUCGAUAUACGCUCUAGUGCGGGCGUUUUCAACCGUCGUGCUAUCUUCCUGGUUGGGUGCGCAAGUUGAUCGUUCGGAUCGGCUGGUGGCUGUAAGGUAUUCUAUUGCAACCGUGUCUACGGACUCUUGGGCGGUUACGAUUGCCUUGUUCGUUGUGCAGGGCUUGCUGGCUUGUAUGGAGAAAUUGGCCGCUACGGCUAAUACGGUGGCUGUGGAACGGGAUUGGGCAAUUGUGAUCUCGGAUAGUAUUAAUGUCCCUCGACAAGACCUGAACGCCUCAAUGAGACGAAUCGAUCUCUUCUGCAAACUCCUAGCACCAGUAUUCAUCUCCUUGAUUGACGGCAUAUCAACUCGAUACGCAAUUUGGACAGUAUUCAGCCUGAACACCACGUCUGUGCUAGUCGAAUAUAUGGCCAUUGCCCAGGUCUACCAAUCAGUCCCAGCUUUGACAAAGACACAACCCUCUACGCCACAAGCAGAUGAUAUAACUAGCGAGACCACCGAGGACCCCGAGCACACUCCAUCUCGCAAGAUCCCUCACUCCGUGUCAGAGUCACUAGCACCUUGGAAGGAGUAUAUAGCCAGCCCCGUUUUCCUAGCAUCCUUCGCCCUGAGCCUGCUGUACCUAACAGUCCUAUCCUUCGGCGCAACAAUGACCACGUACCUGCUGGACACGGGCUUUACCUCGUUACAGGUUAGCUACAUGCGCAUCGGCGCCGUGGCCGCCGAGAUAUCUGGCACAUGGACAGCGCCUAUUAUCAUGAACCGGAUUGGACCCAUUCGGUCCGGGCUGUGGUUCCUCAACUGGCAAUUUGUCUGUGUGGCUGGUGCUGCUGUGGCUUUUGUUGCUUGGGACUCGAGCUCGCAGUUUGUGGCGGGCACGCUGAUUGCGGGCGUUGCUUUGAGUCGAGUUGGGCUUUGGGGAUUUGAUUUGUCUGUUCAGUUCCUUGUUCAGGAGAAGAUCCAGGAACAUGCUCGUGCCCGCUUCUCUGCGACGGAAAUGGCACUGCAGAAUGUUUUCGAGAUGCUUUCUUUUGCUUCGACUAUUGCUUUCCCGCUGCCGGCUCAGUUCGGGUAUCCGGUGAUGAUCAGUUCUGGGGCUGUGGCGGUCGCUGCUGUUUGUUUUGCGGCGUAUGUGCGCAAGGAACGAGGUCAUCUACUGCACCGAUCACGGUGUAUGGGUGGGGAUAAAGUGUUAUAUCGAGCGGUUGAAUCCGGUUCGGUUUAG